UUUUGAUCAUUUUGUCUCUUUUCACAUCUCUUCAUUGGGUUUUUGAAGGGGAAGAAACAAAAGAGGAAUAUUUGAAGAUCAAAAGGGAUAAUGAAGAGAAGUUUAUCCAAUAAUAAUAAACAUAGAAGAGAUGAUGCGAAGGAAAUAAAGAGAGUGUUGAUCACUAUAAAUGUUAUGGGAAGUUCAGGUCCAUUAAGAUUUGUGGUAAAGGAAGAAGAUUUAGUUUGUGAAGUUAUUCAUAUUGCUCUCAAAUCAUAUGCUCGUCAAGCUCGUCUUCCUCUUCUUGGCACCGAUCCUACCAACUUUCUUCUCUACUCUUCUAACAUAGCUCUUAAUCCAAAUGAAGCCAUAGGAUCAAAGCAAGCAAGAAACUUUGUGUUGUGUAAGAAGGAAGGCACAACCCCAAAGCGGAUGACGAUAAAGGAAAGUCAUGGUUGGAAAGCUUGGAUUAACAAGUCCUUGAAUUUCAAGAUACUAUCUCAUUAAAAUAAACUGUCGUAUUUAUUUAAGUCUUAGUUGAUAACCAUUUGAUUCAGCGAGUGACUUAUUAAUGUACUAUAAAAAAUUAAUUUAGUGAAUAGCUUUGGUACGAUUAUGUAUUUAGAUUUUUGGAUAAUCAUUUAGAUGUUAGAAGUUUUGUUUCUUGU